UCUGAAAGUUCAUGCUGAUUAAUGAAAUUCUUAUUAAUUUUUAACUGGGUUUUUAGUAUCUUAACAUUACAUUAAUAUUAAGUUAUUAGCAGAAAAAUCAUAAUUCAUUAAUGGCGUAUAUACCUUUUCUUUAGAUUGAAGAUGUUAAUGGAGUAAACGUUGUGAAGCACAACCUUUUAACAAAUAACAUUGUCUACUUGGAAGUUGUAUUUGAUAUGAGUCCCUUGAAGCAAGAAUUUCUUCAGCUAGUACCACUGUUCUGUCAAUCUUUGCUGGAAAUGGGCACAAAAGAUAUGGAUUUUGUACAGCUUAACCAUCUGAUUGGAAGAAAGACUGGAGGAAUCUGUAUUUACCCUUUCGUAUCUUCUAAAAGUGGAAAAAAGAUGGAUUUAUGUGCCCAUGUCAUUGUUCGUGGAAAAGCCCUGUCGGAACGGGUAGAGGACCUAUUCAAACUGAUAAACUGCAUUCUUCGAGAAGUUGAAUUCAAGGAAAAGCAACGCUUUAAACAGUUUGUUGCUCAAAGCAGAGCAAAAAUGGAGACAAAAAUAAAAGGCUCUGGUUCUUUCAUUGCAGCUAGAAGAAUAAAUGCUAAGCUAAAUGUUGCUGGAUGGGUUGAUGAACAAAUUAGUGGCAUUAGCUAUAUGGAGUUCUUACAAGAUCUUGAGAAGAAAGUUGAUGAUGAUUGGGAUAAAAUUUCUAUUUCGCUCGAGGAAAUACGUAAGUCCCUUCUCUCAAGGAAAGGUUGCACGAUUAAUAUGACGUCGGACGAGGAAAAUCUUGUGGCCGCUACAAAAUAUCUUUCCAAAUUUGUUGAUUCCCUUCCGACUGCAUUUCCUGGGAACAAUUCCUGGGAAACCAUACUUUCUCCCGGAAAUGAAGCAAUUGUCAUUCCCACACAGGUUAACUAUGUUGGGAAAGCUGCUAACAUAUAUGAGAGUGGAUAUCAGCUCCAUGGAAGUAUUUAUGUAAUUUCUAGUUGUGUCAACACGACAUGGCUACGGGAACGCCUUAGAACUAGCGGUGGUGCAUAUGGAGGAGGAUGUAGUUUUGAUGCUUAUUCCGGAGUUUUCUCAUUCUCUUCUUAUCGUGAUCCCAACUUGUUGAAAACCCUAGCCAUAUAUGAUGGGACAGCCGGCUUUCUCCAGGAGCUAGAACUAGAUGAUGAUAGUCUCACAAAAGCAAUAAUAGGUACUAUAAGAGACUUAGAAGGUUAUCAACUUCCAGAUGCAAAAGGUUACAGCAGUCUACUUCGAUACCUAAGAGGCAUCACGGAAGAAUAUCGAGAGAAAAGACAUGGAGAAGUCCUAUCAACCACUGUGAAAGAUUUUAAGGAGUUUGGUGAUGCACUUGAGGCAGUAAAGGAUAAGUGGGUCGUGGUUGCCGUUGCAUCGCCUAGUGAUGUUGCUUCAGCAAACGAGCAGCGGCCUGGAUUUUUUGAUGUUAAGAAAGUCCGCGAAGUUUCGUGAGCUGGAGACUGUUGUCGGCCAGUUUUAUCACAUCUCAUGAUCUGGAUCACAAAUCUCAAAACCUAGCAUUACUGAAAUGAACUUGGUAAUUUCUUUGCAGCAUCUUAAUGGACAUUAAUAAUCAGAACACAUGGUGUACUUUAGACUAGAUCGAGUGAUUUGUACUUGUUUAUUCCCUAUAUCUGCUUAUAUCAUCUGUG